AACUUUUCGCAGCUAGAUCCCGCUUACCCAUCGUCCAGGGGAAAGGUGCACGGCACUGGCUUUCGAAAUCUCAAGAAAAACUCGAGAAAAACUCGGUAGUCCGCCCUUGUCUUGACCCGCACAGCACAGAAUCGCGCAAGUUGACAAGCGACACCCGCGCCGUGUCCGCUGUUCGUUUGCGCACACACUUCCUUGUCUCGAGACUCGCUGGUGAGGGAAAACGGCUUUCUCUGCCGUUUCACCCGGCCAUUCAAAGCAGAUCGACUCCGCACUGCGCCCUUUCUGCUGCUGAAUCCUUUCGGCUCGCUUUUCCCCGCUCAACCGCCUGUGGCACCUGCCUCCACUGCGCACUCUGCGCGGAGAAUCGGGUCUUCCCCGGACGCCUUUAAGUUUCUAGCGCGUCCCGUGGGCUCUCCUCGGUGGCGUCUGCGCUUUCGAGCUCCGAGUCGUUGUUCUGCGCAUGCAGUGAUAAAGUAAACUGCACCAGCCUGAAAACCUACCUAAUGCGUCAAGACUCUCGCGGACGCGGCUUCUGUGUCUGUGAAGAGGCGCUUUGUCUGCACUGGCAGUUGAGAGGCAACUUCUCUUGCGACUCGGGGGGGAAGGCCGGCCAGCUUGAAUCAGAGCUCGACUCGCGGACUACGCCGGCAGCGCUUCAAUCAAGACUACGCGUUCCUGAACAAGCUUCAGGGAGAAACGAAGGCUUUCCCCUCAUCUGCGAAGAGUCUGUGUCCACAUGGAAUGACUUCAGGGUGUUCCGACGCUCCCUUCCAUCCUGCGCAGCUCGCUGCCUCUCACGGUCCCGCGACCCGCUGGUCUGCGAACGGCGGUUGUUCGCGCAAGCGCUCAAGAGGAACCUUCGCAUCGAAAGAAUGAGGAAGCGAGAUUGCGACAGCAGAAGAGAGAGGGGAGCAGGCCGAGGAGGCGAGAGACACUGGCAUCGAGAAGACAGACGGCGUGGACAAGAGAAAACUCACAGCAGCGACUCUUCACACGAGGAGAGGAGACAUGGCAGAGAGAGGAGACACGGUGAGGAGAGGAGACACGGUGAGGAGAGGAGACAUGGCGAGGAGAGGAGACAUGGCGAGGAGAGGAGACAUCGCGAGGAGAGGAGACAUCGCGAGGAGAGGAGACACGGCGAGGGGAGGAAUGCACACGGAGAGAAGCGGGAAGAUGUCUGGAGAAAACGGCGAAAGAGAAGCUCGUCUCGAGAAAGCCGCGGAGCGCGACUGAGAGACAGAGAUGCGGAGGGCAAAGAAGACACCUAUACACAUGUUUCAGCGGCCUGUUCGCACGCGGCCUCUCCUCUCCACCCUCGAAGUCACUCGUCGCGACCUCGGCAGUGGCCGCCGAGCGGCGGAAGUUCGCGAGACCGCAGUGCUGACAGCUCCGGGUGUAGCGACACCGAGUUCUCCGGUUCUGCUCGGCGGGAGAGGCGGAAGUCGGCUUUCAGACCGCGAGAGACCGACCGAGAGAGGACAGAUGGGAGGGAGAGAGAAGAGCGAAGAAGGCAUAGACACAGUGACAAAAGAGAGAGGGGAGAGAGAGGAGAGAGAAGGGAGGAGAGGCACAGGAGCAGAAGAGAGCGAAACAGCCGCUCUCGUUCCGCGCGCGAAAGGAGAGAAAAUGGGCGGCAUGGGUCGAAGAGAGAGAAGAGUGGCGAGCGCAGCGGAGAUCGUCGAAGGAGCAGAACGGCUUCAGCCUCGCGCGAGAGGAACUCAACACACAGGAGCUUCGGUGAACAAAGACAGACAGAACUGUCAUGCGAAGAGGUCUGGCGCACAACUCGAGAAGGAAAGACAGGGCAAGAUGUCGUCUCGGAGAAGAGAGCAAUCGAGCGUGCAGAGGACGGAGGGAGGGGAGGAUGCUUCGCGGAGUCGCCUGUCCCUGGCCCAGCUGCAGCUGCAGAGGAAAGGAGACAUGCAGAAGGCGGACCUGACCCAGGUUCUUUGUCCUGUCGCAGUGUCGAUGCGAUCGGUUCGCUGGUCUUCUCUGAUUCGAGCGGCCUCGCGUUUCCUCCCCAUUCUCACUCGUUUGUCUCGUCUCCGGCCUCUGCUGCUCCUGGUGUACGUACACCUGGGCCGGCUGCGGCCGCGCCCGUUUUGGUGCUGACUCCGCGCGCAGCGUGUGACGCUCUGUCGCGUCGAGGUCCAGCGCCUUUGAGUGGAGGUGGAGAUCGACAGGGUAACAGUUCUUUUUUGUCCGAAGAAGGAAGGCACUUCGCGGCGCACGACCGCAAAAAGCACUCCGCGGAAGAACUUCCACAUGCCGAGACACCCGACGGAUCUGUCUGCGACCCCGGGGGAGGUGUAUGUCCAGCUGAAGUUCGGAGUCCGUGGACUUCGUUUCCCGCCUCUUCAGGCGACGCACCUGUCAGGCUCGCUUCCCCCCGCCGCGAAGGAGAAAGUGGAUUUGAUGCGUCUUUCUCUGUCGUUCCUCGCCGCCAUGCAGACGUCACUUGUCCCCCGAGUUUUCCUCCUCCCCCUCCACCGUCUGGUCCUCUCUCACCUGCUUCGUUGUCUCCCGCUUCUUUUCCUUUUCAUCCUGCAUACCCUUCCUCGGUUUCUCACUCGUAUCCCUCGUGUUCUUCUUCUUUCUCCUCUGGCGCUUCCUUCUCGUCCUAUGCCUUUGCCUCUUCUGAUUCCGCGCCUCGGCUCCCCACGGCAACCUGGAGAGAACGUCCUCACGGCGCCGAAGAAGACCGUCUGGACGUUUCUGUGUGGGCAGGCGCAGGCGACGCUCCCCGUCUCCGCAGCGUCUCUUCCGCUGCUGCCUCGCCCUGUCCUCCGCCGCCGCCGAGCGCGUCUUGUCCAGUCCCCUUCACGGAGAGAAAAGAGGCAACUUCAGUCCCUCCCGCGCCCGCGGCUCAACUGCAUGCGCCUCCUCGAGCGCCGCCCUCUGACAGGCCUGCGGCUUCGGGUGUACCUCCACCGCCGCCUCCGCCUCGUGCUUUCUCGUCUCUGCGCGGGCAUGCAUCCACGCGCCAGUCGCCUUUUGACGCACAGGAGCUCUCACGAGAAGCCAUGAGGCACGCGAUGCUUCUGUGGAGACCGUCCGGCGCCUCGCCGCCUUCCCCAUCUUCUCGCCCUCCUGUCUCUCCUCCGUCUUCAGCUUCUGGGUCGCUGUCGUCUGCGUCUCGUGGUGUCUCUCGACUUUCUGUCCUCCCUGGUUCUUCGCUGUCCGCCUCGUCUGAAACUCGGGUGGGAGGUCAGGCGUGCGGCGCCAAGGUGGCUGGCGUCGAUUCCGAGAGAAAAGGGACAGGCGAGAGCGGAAAUAAGACAGAAGGAAAAAUCGAGAGACGCUUUCUUGAUCCGCGACUAGCGAAACGACAUGCGCAACAUCACAAGUCUGCAGAAGAAAAGAGAGGAAAAGACACCGUCGCUUCUCUCUCUUCUCUCGCUUCUCUUCCUUCCUCUUCUCUCUCUUCGGUUGCUACGUUCAGCCGCGAGCAGCUUCUAGGCGGCGUUUCCAUCAAACGCCCCAGAAAGAAAUCUGCUCUGUCUUCUUGCACCUCUUCGUUUACCGGUCCUUUUACUUCUUCUUCCUCUUCUUCGUCUUCCUCUUCUUCGUCUUCCUCUUCUUCGUCUUCCUCUUCUUCGUCUUCCUCUUCUUCGUCUUCCUCUUCUUCGUCUUCGUCUUCCUCUUCCUCUUCUUCGUCUUCCUCUUCUUCGUCUUCCUCCUCUUCGUCUUCGUCUUCCUCUUCUUCGUCUUCCUCUUCCUCGUCUUUCUCUUCCUCGUCUUCCUCUUCUUCGUCUUCCUCUUCUUCUUCCUCGUCUUCCUCUUCUUCUUCCUCUGCUUCUUGUUCGACGUCUUCGGCGAGGGCAGACUGUUGCGCCGGUAUGGGCGCAUGCAGCUGUGGAUGUCCGCGCCAGGGCGAGCGCGUGCGACCCUCUCGCGCGGCGCCGCUGGGCCGCAAGGUCGCUGGCGCUCUGGGGGGUGGCGAGGCUCGGCGGACGCGGCAGAGAGACUCGCAAGUCGCGGCGUUUCUCCAGCAUCUGCAGGCCGCGCGUCUCCUGACCUCGAGGCUUGACGAGAGCCUGCUUUCUGACUCCGAGGAGGAGCGCGCAAGCGAAGCAGCCGUGCUUCGGAAGACAGAUGCAGCAGAGGCGCCUGAGAAGAAAGACAAGAAGGAAGCGGGAAGCUCAAAGACUCAGACGGAAAGCGACUGGUCGUGGACCCUCUCUUCGUCCUCGGAAAUGUCACAGGAGUCGGAAGAAGAGAGCCGGCCUUCUUCUUCGUCUUCUUCUUCCUCUUCGUCUUCUUCUUCCUCUUCGUCUUCUUGGGGUUGUCGAGGAGUCUGUAUCGGAGGAGAGCGGGAAGGAGAAGAGAAGAGUGUGCUGUUUAGAGCGGCGGCUCUCGCAGCUUCAGAGCUAGGGAUCUUGUCACGGAAGUUGAGGAGACAGGAAAGGAAGCGGGAGAGGAAAGCGAGGCCUGAAGCAAGCAGAGACACGAACGGAGAGAGCAGGAAAGAUGCGCGACCGAGUUCUGGAAAACCGAAGAGCUCGGAGUGUGCUGACAUCCCAUCAGCUUCGUCUCUUCUGCUUCGGUGCGAAGCAGAGUCUCUGCUCGCGUGUCUCCCCUGCGACGUUCGCGCUCCACCCUCUUUCCUUUCGUCUCCCUCCGCAGUCUCUUCUCUUUCGUCGGCAAUGUCGGCUGCGUCUCCCGGCGCCCCUGCGUUUUCAGCAGAGAAGGCUUCGAAGACGCCUCCGUUUUUCGCCGCGCUGACGGCGGCAGCUCGACAGGCGACUCGCCUCAACCGCGAGGCUGCGGCCAGGCGAGCUGCACUCGCGAAAGCCGUCGCAAGCACCAUCGGCGACUUCCGCAGCUACCUCUUCGAACAGGAGGAGAGCCGCGGAGACAAGAGAGCUCGAGAAGAAGAACUCGGGAAGCCAGAGAACGAAGGGGGAGAAGAGGCAGCACAGAAGACAGAAGAGAGAGGAGAGAGGGAAAACGAGGUUCUGAACGAGGGUGGGGAGCUUCAGACGACGCGCUUGGCUUCGCAGGUCGCUGCACAGUCUUCGGCAGAAGUCGCACCGAGCGACAUGGAGACAGCCGCCGCGCUUCUGCAGAGGAUGCCGAAGGCGCGGGAGGUCUGCCGAGUCCGAGAACGCUGUGCAUAUGAAGAAACCACUCAGAGAGGUUCGAGCCAGAAACCUGAUGAGACAGAGAAAACGCAGUUCUCUGAAUCAAAGAAAACACGAACGGGCGAGUCGGAAGAAGAAAAGAUGCGCGGAAAAGCGAGUGAAGAAAGUGAGGAAAACGCACGGUCGAGAGAGAAGAGCGGCGAAUCCCAAGAGGCUCCACAGACAGCCGAGAGAAACAGUGGGUCGCCGGCGAGUGUCUCGACACCUGGGGAUGGGCCUGCGGUCAGUCGAGACUCCUCCUGUGCUUCCCCGAUGGGGAACCGACGAGAAACGAGAGAAAACAAAGAAGAAGUAUGCAUGUCUUCUUCGUCUUCCUUUUCUUCGUCUUCGUCUUCCUUUUCUUCGUCUUCGUCUUCCUUUUCUUCGUCGUCUUCAUCGUCUUCGUCGCCCUGCUUCUUCGAUCCGUACGCGACUGUCGAUGCAGGCUGUCCGGGUGUGUUUCUCGCCACACAUGUUCUCGACUUCCCCCGACCGAGUUCGGCGUCUUCUGGCUCGUCUCUUCAGCUGGAAGACGUCGCCUCCUCCGUCGCGUAUUUGCCGUCAAGGUCUCUCGGCGCAGCUGGCACCGACCGAGGCCUCUUUGCUCUCUUCGACGUCUCCCGUCCAAGCUUCUCUCGACUCGUUCCCCUCUCUUCCACCUCUUCGCUCGUCUCUUCUUCGGCUCGUCUGUCUUCUUCUGGCACAGCUUCUUCGACGUCUUGGGCGUCGUGUGGCGGAGCCGAUCGGGGCAGAUCGGAGAGAGGCGCGCUCCGUGGAGAAGAAGAUGCGCAACUCCAUCAAACGCGAGAAGACUGUCAAGAACGAAUCGCUUCUCUCGCCUGGCACAAAUGCGGAGAGUUCCUGGGUGCCGGCCGGGGGGGCGGUUUUGUGCAGAUCGUCGAUCCGCGCAUGCAGCGACUUGCCUCAGCCUGGAAGGCGCACCGGGGACCAGUGGAAAAGUUCGAAUUCAUUGGAAACAACGUCUGCGCGACGUCGUCGCCAACAGAAAUGUAUGUUCGUUUCUGGGACUUGCGAGUUCUCCCGUCUCCCUCGUUUUCUUCUCUCGCUUCUUCUGCGUGUACGUGGAACGAGAGAUUGCUGUGUGCCGUCAAGAGCGACAGCGGCGUCUCUGCAUUCUGCUUCUCGGCGGACGAAGCACUCCUAGCUCUGGCCUCGCUCUCGGGUGAAGUGCAGGUGAUGACUUCGCCACUCGGCGUCGAACCUUGCGAGCAGCUUCUCCACUUUCCCUCCCUCAACGAGCUGGACUGCUUCUCUUCUCUCGCCUUCUCCCCCAACAGCCGGUGUCUCCUGGUGCAGGGCGAACGCCAACACACUCCCCGGAUGCGAGAUGCAACGCGCUUGCUGUCCUCUCCGUUCUGCGAACUCUGGGACUUGCAGAGUCCGAAGCAGCGCGCAAAACUCCAUACGUUCGCUUCUUUCUGGCCGCACCUGCGCCGCUUCCCCGAUGGCCUGUCUUCUCCGUCUGCUCAAACGGCCUGCGCUCCAGAGCCGCUCUUCGAACUGCCGUUCUCCUUCUUCCCAGGGGUCCUCGCGGUGAACUGGGCCGACAACCUCCUGCCUCUCGAGAGGGAGACGGCUCUGCAGAUGCGCGCGCAAAAAGGCGGCAGCGGGGAACGCUUUCGCGCAAGAGGGAAGGAAACCGCUGCCAAGAAAAUCCCCCAAAACGGAUGCACUCGCCACCAGAACACUUGCCCACGACGACGCCCGUGCUACUCCUCAGUUCCUACGCCCACAACAGAUUCGCAAAACGAGAGAGGACGAGAGAGAGAACCAGCUGGAGAAGCAGAGAGAGAACCAGCUGGAGAAGCGGAGAGAGAACCAGCUGGAGAAGCAGAGAGAGAACCAGCUGGAGAAGCAGAGAGAGAACUAGCUGGAGAAGCAGAGAGAGAACCAGCUGGAGAAGAAGAGAACGGAGAGGAGACAGGCAGAGAAACAAUUCCUCCGUACUUUCUGUAUCUCAAUACGAGUGCAUCUCGUUACCCGAGAUCUUUUUCUUCUCUCGCGUCUGUGGGGCAUGGUGCUGAGCGACUGAGAACCUCCGAGAAGGAGGGAAAUCCCCGAGGGAAUUUUGAGAGAGCUGACGUCUCUCAACUGUAUGCAGGCCGCAUGGCGCCCAGAGCGGCAACCGGAGACAGCGGCAUUGCAGAUCGAAAGGGCACCAGCGUGAGCGCUCUGAAAGACGAAGACAAGAACCAGCGCGCAGUCGAAAACAGGACAUGGAGAGGCGAGAAGUGGACCUCUUCCCCCGCGUCUUUGCUGAGUGUGCAGGCGCGCUCCGAAGCCUCGAAACAUGCAGCGCCCACAGGUCCGCUCGAGCUCUCGGAACCUCCUCGCGACCUCGAGACAUCAGAAGACGAAUCCCCGAGCAGCGAAGACGAACACGAACAUGAAAAUGCAGAUCCAUUUGACUUGGACGAAGACAAGGAAGAAGAGCGAGAAGCUCGACUGUAUGACUGGGUGCGGGAGUCGGCUCGCCUGUUUACAGGCGACCUCGGAGGAGACGUCGCAUGGCCUCAGCGAAGAUUUGCGUGCUCGUUUUGGAGAGACAAAGUCGUUGGUGUCGGUGGUCCUCUGCAUCUCGCAGGCGCCCUGAAACUCUGGGACGCUGCAACAGGUUUCUUGGACAGUUGUUCGAUCUCGGCAGGAAGCCAAGAACUGGUGAGGAGCAUCGCGAGCGAUCAACGGGGCGGCCCUCUCGUUCUCUCGGCCGGGCAGCGACGGGGAGGCGCCGCACUCACGUUUUGGGGCUACUUCGCAGUCGACCAGUUGGCAAACUUCCACAUGAUUUGAAGGACGAAGAGAGGAAACCGAGAAACGAACAGAGAUGAGAGAGCGAGAAGAGACCAGAAAGGGGAAUCGCGGAAGGAAAGGAGAGGAACACCAAGGAAGGAAAGGAGGAGAGCGAGAGGAAAUAGAAGAGGGAGAGGAGAUCCUUUGUCGGAGAGAAGACUGAUGAAGAGCAGAGACGUCUCAGUCGAUCCGCGCGGGGCGGUAGCAUACGCAACGGGGGGAAAGCGAGAGACGAUUGAGAUGCAGAGAAGAAUGGAAAGAAGGAUAAUGGGUGAAGAAACGAGGCAACUGCGGUGUCGAAGACAAAGGAAAGAGCGAAGCAAGGGAGCCUGGUGGGGCAGAGAGGUGCUUGGCUUUAUUAUCUCUGACUGGCAGAGAUAGCAGUGAGAUGGAAGGCUGUACGGCUGUCCACUCCUCUUGCGUGCUUUUUCACACUGUGUUUCGGUGGAAAAAAGGGAAAAAGACGCGAGAGGGGAGACGUCCAACCUCAACUGUCUUUUCCCUGAGAAACAGCCUUGGUUUCGUCUCGAGAGGCCCAGCGUGCAUGUGCGUUUCCUUUGCCUGAAAUCUGUUUUCCAGUGUUCCGAGAGUCGUGCUCACAGCGUGGAAUUUGCGUUCAAACAAGUGACUCGCGGUUCCACUGGCAUGUGAAAUCCUCCUGGAUGAUUUCGGUCGUUGCCUGCAUGUCGAGACUAGCCAAUCGUGUGCGCAUAGGCGCGUUUAGGCAGACAAGAAACUCAAAACUGUCUCGAUCUGCGGCGCGCGGGUGUUUCUCGUCCUCUGCGUCAACGACUGUUGUCUCGAUGACGAGUGUGGAAAAUGGGGUACUGCAGCGGCAAACUGGGGGCACCUGGUCGAGCCGACGCAAGGCAACAGGAAAUAGACUCUGCUCAGCAGCCAGACUUUGCCUCCCCAACACAGAGACAGUUACAUGCUGCUCGUCGGGUGUCUUCACCGGUGCACGCAGUGCUGGGCAUCUCUCCACUUUUCACACCAAGACAUCUCAAGACAUCUGCAUGUGUGGAGUACGAAAAAAGUAGAGACGCCCACACAGACGUACCACAAUUUGUGCUGAGAGAUCUCGGUGAAUACAUAGGCGCACACGACUGUGGGGAAGCCGGCCGAAAUGGACAGUCUGCAACUUCCCGCGCCGCGUUUCGUCGCGG